AUGGCUUUGAAAACCAAGCGCUCACGGUUGUCAGCUGAUGGGAAUGUUUCCAUGGUCAACCUUCAAGAAACAUUAGAAAAGGGCAUGGCAGAGACAGGAAGGAACCUACACCACAUGGUUCAGCUGGCCAGAGAAGGGCAAUGCAACUGGACCAGCACGCCGAAGACCGCGUUGGGAAUACUUUCCAAGUACACUGUUGCGUUCCAGGAAUUGCUGAUCCUGUGCCCUAACACUGCGGUAAACAAGACCAAGAUUGCGCAGGCAAUCUAUCAGUGCCAUAUAGAUGGCGGUGAGGUGAGCAAGUUAGCCACCUUCAGCAAGGAUGAUGCUGACAAGGUUGGCGAGGUGAUUCGGAUUACCCUGAUCAAACUUCGCAAAUGCAGCGCUGAUGAGAAACAGUACGUGGUCUUUUCCGUGGAGCCCGACGUCUCGAAGGAGUUUGGUGCUCCAGUGACGCGACGACUCAUUCAACGAAUCUCCACUGAGUACCCCGCCCCGGUGCACACCAUCGGCUUGACCGAGCAAUACAUCGUGACGAUUCAGAUCCCCUACCCUUUGAACUGGGACGGCAUGCUCAACGCAGAGGCCAAGUGGCUCUUCAAUGGCGUCUACGAGGGGAACCUCAAUGACUACAACACCUGGCAGCCUGAGCGUGGCACGACCAUUCGGGUCAUCAACCGAAGCACCGGCGAAGAGACGGGCGUCUUUGAGACGGACCCGUUCUUCUUCUUCCACGUGAUCAACUCCUUCGAGGAGGGUGACAUCGUGAACCUGGAUGUGGUGUGCUACAACGAGCCGCCGGUGGGCUUCCCAUUGCGACAGGCGCGUUCCGGAGAUGUGGAAGACUGGCGAGGCGGUGGUGGUGAGGUGCGGCGCUUCGCCAUGAACCUGAGGACGGGAGAGUGCACCUGCACCGGUUGGCCGGACAACUGCUUCGACGAGCCCAAGAUCAACCCCAAGGUUGAUGGCGCCCGUCAGCGGUUCAGCUGGGGUGUCAUUGAUGACAAUGGCAU